AUGAUGGACCGUGUGGAAUGCUCGGGCGUCUACAUUGACGACCGAGUCCGGUCGGAGCGAUGGGUGCGCAGGAACUCCAUCGCAGCCUCAACCACCUCAUCCACAUCUUUCACUGUACCGGAAGAACCCGAGGCUUUACAGGCCGAUAUAGAACAACUAAUGGAAGUGUGCAAAAAGAUCUAUCUAUGCCAGAGUGGAUCUUCCUUUGCGAAUAAACUUGCCGAGCUGAGCGACCGUUCAGGCAGCGACUGUACCCCGAUAUUUGCCUUCUUCGGCAUCGAUUACGGUGGCGACGAAUCAAAUGUCGCUCGACGAAAAGCCAGUCGGGCCUCGUGGAUGGAUAAUGGCCCCCCAUCGCCAGGCGCCAUUCAACGCACCUUCACCUUUUCAUCUCAUAAUGACGAAGCCCCCGGUGUCUCACUCCUUUCCGGCGUCUCCAAUGAUAUUCAAAUGCAGGAAGGCCCCAACCUGGUCAUUCCAGUCGCUAUCGUACGAACUUCCGGCCCAGAACCGUUGGAGCCCCCAGCCGAGACGACGAGCGACCCGCAAAACAAUCGUAACCCGGUAACAUUGGAACACAAGCAGAUCGCCCGUUGUCUCGAUGCCGGUGCGAUAGACGUUCUAAAAACACCGCUCGAUCGUUCCCGUAUUCAAGGUCUGGUCGUCCACGCCUAUCGCACUCGUCGCACAGCACAAAAGGAGAUGUCUCGGUUUUUGGCCCGGAAGAAGCUGCGGAAAACAUCUUGGGUGGGCGUGAAUAAUGAACAACCAUACGCCUAUUUACGGGAGGCCAUGGUGUCGAAGUUAAUGAAAGGAAUCUGCAACCCAGAGGACAUCAUUGACGAGUUUCAGCAACGCGAUCUUGAUAUCACGUCGGAACGGGAGCCCUUCAUCAAGGAGAAGAUUGGUAGCUGGGAUUUUUGCGCCCACGAAUUUUCUGAAGAUGAGCUGGUUUUUGCUGCUUGCCAGAUGCUCCAACAUGCUUUCACUCUUCCUGGACUAGAACAUUGGCACUUGACAUCGGGAGAGCUCCAGACCUUUUUACUUGCAUGUCGUGCAGCUUACAACUCCUUCGUUCUCUACCACAACUUCCGCCAUGCCAUUGAUGUACUGCAAUCGGUCUUUUGUUUCUUACUUCAUAUUGGAGCUUUGCCGCAUUACGGGCCGAUCGGACAGGCACCUGUCACUGAAAAAUCGCCCAUCGCCACUCUUCUCUCCCCCUUCGAUUCUUUAACUCUUCUGAUUUCAGCUAUUGGACACGAUGUUGGCCACCCUGGCGUUAACAACUUCUUCCUUGUCAAGCUCAAUGCUCCCCUUGCCCAACUUUACAACGAUAACUCUGUUCUGGAGGCAUUCCAUUGUGCCGCCUUCUCUCAAAUCCUUCGCCGUCAUUGGCCUGCGGCUUUCAAGGACAAGCAACUCCGAAAACUGUUAAUUAGCUCUAUUUUGGCCACUGAUAUGGGUGUGCAUCAAAAGUUUAUGGAGCGAAUGGGAACGUUACAGGAAAAGUAUUACGAGAGCGGAAAGGCUGUGGAUUGUUGGAAACCUCAAGAUGCCGAAAUGUACAAAACUCUUGUCUGUGGUCUUUUGAUUAAAUGUGCGGAUAUCAGCAACGUCGCCAGGCCGUGGAAUAUUGCGGAGAAGUGGACGCAGAUCUUACAGGAGGAAUUUGCGAACCAAGGCGAGAUGGAGAAAGAAGUGGGUAUGGAAACAGCGCUAUUUGGUGGUCCCCCGGAAUUGGGCAACAUCUAUAAACUUGCCACUGGCCAAAUUGGGUUCAUGUCAAUCUUUGCGCUUCCACUCUUUGAAGGUGUCUCUGAUCUACUGCCUCAGUUGGAAUUUACUGCGGAUCAUAUUCGCAGCAACAAGGGUCUGUGGCAGAAACAUGCCAACGAUGAACUACGGAAGCAAGGUUUGAGAAUCGAAGAAAACAACAAGGAGCAGGGAGUGUCACCCCGCUCUCAAAGCCCGGCUCGCACACCAAUUCCCAGUCCAGGUCUUAGCCCGGAGAAUGACGAUACUCCGACAGAGCCCAAGAAAGAAGGACCAGCCGAUCCACCAUCCUCGGGUUCUUCAAACUCAACAGUCUCGCAAGGCAAUGCCUACAACGAGAAUACUAUUGAGCCUGUUGUGUCUCCAGAUACCCCCGGUCCGCAAAUUGAGAUCACUGGAACCGCUGUAGCGCCUGAAAUCACCCAAUCACGGAAGUCUUCGUCAGCCAUGCCGGAUCUUUCCUAUUUCUCCUAUCCUCCGGCCGCGACUCAGUCAGCCCGGGGGCCAAGAGGAAUCCAGUUCCAAAACCAACUUACAGACGUCGAUGCUUCACCUGGGACCGACCCUGCUGUUCUAGCUGCUGUAUACUAUGCCAAUUCAUCCAAUGUUCAAAGUGGCAAUACCUCAGCACCUAACACCUCCGAGAAUGGCCAUGUUGUCGACUCCGCUACCGCCGCUGAGCGACCUGGGAGCUCCCGUCAAGCACCCCAGGGUUUCCAGCACCACACCCACCAUAGCUCAUCCGUUCGCACAUCUGGGCCGUCUAGUUCUAACCGCAACAGCUGUACGCGCACGCAAAGCAUCAGCGCAUACAGUAACAACAUGACGCCUAUAUCUCCCGUGACCAACGCAACCAGCUUCUUAGCUGUGGAUAGUGGUGAUGAAAAGCGUGUCUCCGACGACAGUGCGCCCCAGAGUGACGUUGGUGGUCCUGAUGAUAGUAGCACUCGGCCAAGUACCUCAUAUGCUUCUCAUGCAGGAGAUCAAGCUAGCAGCAAUUACAGUCCCGAUCGUAACUCUGGUCAUUCCCGAGCAGAGGACGUCAAGGACUUUCAUCAUUCUGCUGCUCUCAACGGCACUCGGAGCCCAACGCACUCUACGACAACAGGCGAAAGCAUCAAAAAUGAGCUUUCACACGGCAAUGGAAAUGGCAACGGCAACGGCAACGCAAACGGUGACCAUGGUGAACAUGGGAUUCGCAAACUUCCAAAGAAACGUAGUCGUCUUCGUCUCGCAUUCUGGAAGCGCCGUAACCACCACCAACAAGAGGUCCACGGCGAAAGCUGA